AUGUCUGACAUAGAGCAGGAUACAACCGUGCUCGGCAAGCGUGGUAGAAAGUCGGAUGAUGAUACAGGUCGUGUGCAGGAUGGCGAAGAUAGUCCCAUGCCAGCUGCCGACGUAGCCAUAAAUCAGGAUGACAGCGAUGAUGAUGUUGGUCCCAUGCCUCUACCUGCGGGUGCAAAUGGUGGAUCCAAAAGGAAGCGUAGAGUGGUUCCUCACGAGAAACUGUACCUGGACCACCUCCCAGAUGCAGAACAGUACUAUAAAAGCUAUAUGCACCGCGACUCCCUGAACUUCGUUGUUGUAACUAAGACGGACUUUAUCAUUACUACAUCGGUCGACGGACAUCUAAAAUUCUGGAAGAAGCAGGACGAGGGCAUUGAAUUUGUGAAACACUUCCGUGCACACAUGAGCCCUAUAACUGGAGUAUCAGCAAGUGCAGAUGGACAGCUUUUUGCCAGUAUCUCGGAAGAUGGGUCGGCAAAAGUGUUUGAUGUGCUCAACUUUGACAUGAUAAACAUGAUAAAGCUCGGGUUUACCCCCCAUGCGUGUUGUUGGGUACAUAGACGAGGGCAAGCACAAGGCCUGCUGGCUGUCUCAGAGCAAGGGACAGGUACCAUACGGCUCUAUGAUGGUCGCGGUAAUGACACACCACUACUCACGAUCGAAAAGCUUCACCGUUUCCCUGUGCAUUUGAUGGCGUACAGCGACCGCUAUGAUACCGUGAUCUCUGGUGAUGAAAACGGUUUUGUUGAGUACUGGCAACCGUUUGAGCCUUUUGAGCCACCGCGAAAUAUACCUGGCAUGUGGUCGUUGAAGUCUUCAACGGACCUCUAUGAGUUCAAAAAGACAAAAUCGAUCCCUGCUUGCAUAACGCUUUCACCCGAUUCCUCUUCCUUUGUUACAUUUUCUCUUCCAGAUCGUCAAAUUCGCAUAUUUUCUUUCCUGAAAGGCAAAUUGACUCGAAAGUACGACGAGUCAUUGACAGCAAUCCAGGAAAUGCAACAGGCCAGUACUUCAAUUCAUCGCGUGGAGGACAUGGAGUUCGGUAGGCGGCUGGCAGUGGAAAAGGAGCUUCAGAUGCCAGGCCCCGACGGACGAAUUCCUGCAAUGUCGACCAAUGUAGUUUGGGACGAAAGCGGGGCAUUUGUCUUGUAUCCGACCUUACUCGGAAUAAAAGUGGUCAAUACGGUGACGAACCGCGUUGUGCGGCUACUGGGAAAGGAUGAAUCGGUUCGGUGGAUGAACCUUGCAUUGUACCAGGGAGCGCCUGCAAAGAAGGGGCUAGCACCUGUAUCAUCUGCAAAUCCGAUGCUUGCUAAUAAGGGUAUUCGAGACCCGACUCUCUUUUGCACGGGGUAUAAACGCCAGCGCUUUUAUCUCUUUACCCGAUCCGAACCAGAAGACAACAAAAUACACGACAGAGACGUCUUUAAUGAACGACCGACGCGUGAAGAACAGUCCAUUGCCUCUGCGACUGCCCUUACCAAAUCAGGACCAUCACCUUUGGCUUCAUCUGCAGUGAUUCACACUUCCAUGGGCGACAUGCAUAUGCGCCUAUUUCCCCAACAAUCUCCCAAGGCCGUGGAGAACUUUGUGGGCCACGCACGGAGCGGUUACUUUGAGGGUGUUAUUUUCCACCGAGUCAUUCCGAAGUUCAUGAUCCAGACUGGAGACCCAUUGGGCGAUGGCACAGGGGGGACGUCAAUUUGGGACAGGGAAUUUGAAGAUGAGUUCUCUCCAGAUUUGAAACACGACCGCCCGUAUACCGUUAGCAUGGCAAAUGCAGGUCCCAACACGAAUGGCUCGCAGUUCUUCAUUACCACUACAGCCACUCCUUGGUUGGACAAGAAGCACACGAUUUUCGGACGCGUUAUCUCUGGAUUAGAGGUUGUCCAUAAUAUCGAAAAUGUAAAGACGAAUAAGAUGGACAAGCCAUUCGAAGACAUCAAGAUUGUCAAUAUUGAUGUCGAUUAA